AUGGCAACUUGGGCAUACCCCCCACUGCCCCCCGAUCAAGUCAAUCGGGAGGCCGAUAGUGCGCUGGCCCGUGAACUCGAAUGGCUCUUGCAAUCACUUCAAGAAUCCCUUGUUUCCCUUAAAGAAGGUCUUCAGGAGUGCGCGGCUCUAAUCGCACCCCAAGAACCAGGUUCCACUCUGGUUUUAUCAUCGCUACGGUCAGAAUAUGUCAAGGGCUUCGUGACUCGCCUCGGCACGCAGGUGGUCAAAGGGGAUAUCCAGCUUCGUCUUCCCUCUUUACCUCCUCCACGUGGCAGUCCUAGUACCCGGUUAACCCUGUCGCAAUCCCCCGAAGCUCCUAGCUUGGUUCUGCAGCAGCUAGUGUCAGUGCGAAACCUAGUCAAUCAGAGCUUGGACAUUGUGGAUGUGAGCACAUAUACGGGGAAUCCGCUCGAUGCAACAUUUAUCUUUAGCCAGCUGCAUCUUCUACAUGAGACAAUCAGCGAGGCACGACAAAUGCUGAAGGGGGAUGGGGACGUGCGAGGCAAUUGGUGGGAUACCAGUGCUAGUGACAACAUGUUCGAUCCUCCGCCGCCGCCCUAUGUUUCAUUCCACCUUUCUAUUGCAGAUUCCGCGCUUGUUCUUCUCCUGCGCACAUUGGAGAGCACCACAGUAACGCAAACUCCGUCAGCUUUUGCCACAGAUAUUUCCUUGACGGGAUUCUCCUUGCGAGAUCGGAUAUUUGGGAGCCAUAAACGUGCGCAUGAUGAGGCUGGGGACGUGUUCAUGUGGCACGGAGAAGAAGUGCGUGUCCGGGAAAAGGUUCGGGUGGAAAGCCAGGACCCUAGCUUGAUGGCAGUUAUGGCCAAACUGACAGCCUUGGAGCACGAAGUGAUGCGGUGGGUGACCGCGUUGCGAGUUCUCAUGGGUAACGAAGAUACGGACUCUGGAGAGUGA